AUGUCCGCCCCACCGGUUGAUUACUACGCCACUCUCGAAAUCGACAGCAAAGCAACCCAGCAGCAAAUAAGAGAUGCCUACAAGAAGCAAGCCCUCCGUCACCACCCAGAUCGCGUGCCAGCGGACUCGCCAGAACGCCAAACCCGCACGAAGAAGUUCCAACAGAUAAACGACGCGUACUACACUCUCUCCGACCCGACUCGAAGACGAGACUAUGAUACCACACGCACGAACUUCUACGGCUUUGGAGGGGGCAGCAGUGGUGGUAGUGGUAGAAAUACGCGCUCGAACGCACAGAACCCUCCUGGAGGCUUCGAUUUCGAUGAAGAAGUUCCACGACCAGAAGCUGGCUCGAGCACAGGAGGAAAUGCUGGAGGAGCGGGGUUCAACUUCCCAUUCGGCAUGUUUGGGAACAUGUUCGGCGGGCAGGCCAAGACAGAAGGUGAUGCGAAUCGAUUCAGCAAUGAGCAAUUCGGCUCUGUGUUUGAAGAGAUGAUGCGCGAUGAGGGCAUGGCAGAUGGGGAGAACAGGCCGACAGGGACGUUUUGGAGUAUCGUGGGAGGGGUCAGUGGAGGGGCAAUGGGGUUCAUUGUGGGCAACUUCCCAGGUGCGGUCGCUGGUGCAGUGGCAGGAAACCGAUUGGGCGCUGUGAGGGACAAGAGAGGCAAGUCGGUCUACAGCGUAUUCCAGGAGUUGGAUCAACCUGAGAAGAUGAGAUUGCUGAGCGAGCUGGCGCAGAAGGUGUUUGCGCAUGCGAUUUCAUAG